UUGCUCUGUGAUUCUUCUUUGACAAGUCGGCGUGUGUGUUGCAGUUGCAUUUAAUAUAUUUCCAAUUUAAUAUUUGUUGAAUCGUGAAACACAGAAAUGGCUUCUAUUAGCUUGUUGAACCCAAAGGCCGAGUUUGCCCGUGCCGCACAGGCGUUGGCGAUUAACAUUAGCGCUGCGAAAGGUUUGCAGGAUGUGAUGCGCACCAAUUUGGGACCCAAAGGAACAGUUAAAAUGUUGGUCUCCGGUGCUGGCGACAUCAAAAUCACCAAGGAUGGCAACGUGCUGCUGCAUGACAUGCAAAUUCAGCAUCCUACCGCCUCGAUGAUUGCACGUGCUAGCACUGCACAAGAUGAUUCCACAGGCGAUGGCACCACAACAACUGUUAUGCUGAUUGGAGAGCUGCUCAAACAGGCUGACAUCUAUUUGUCCGAGGGCUUGCAUCCACGCAUUAUGACUGAGGGCUUUGAGAAGGCACGCGACAAGGCUCUAGAAGUGCUGGACAAGGUCAAGGUGCCCGUCGAGAUUAACAAAAAGAAUCUGAUGGAAAUUGCCAACACCAGCUUGAAGACGAAAGUGCAUCCCCAGCUGGCUGAUCUUCUCACAGAGGUGUGCGUUGACGCUGUGUUAACUAUUGCCAACGAGAAGCAACAGCCUGUCGAUCUCCACAUGGUGGAGUUGAUGGAAAUGCAACAUAAGACCGACACAGAUACGCAACUGGUGCGUGGUUUGGUCUUGGAUCAUGGCGCUCGUCAUCCUGAUAUGCCUAAGCGCCUGGAGAAAGCAUACAUUCUCACUGCCAACGUUUCGCUGGAGUACGAGAAAGCUGAAGUCAACUCCGGAUUCUUCUAUAAGACGGCCACGGAGCGCGAGGCGUUUGUGCGUGCCGAGCGUGACUUUAUUGACCAACGCGUCAAGAAGGUCAUCGAGCUGAAGCGUGCCGUCUGCGAUGGCACCGAUAAGACCUUUGUGCUUAUCAAUCAGAAGGGCAUUGAUCCCAUCUCUUUGGACGCUCUGGCCAAGGAGGGCAUCCUGGCGCUGCGCCGUGCCAAGCGCCGCAACAUGGAGCGUCUGGCUUUGGCCUGUGGUGGCACUGCCAUGAACUCCUUCGACGACCUGCAAGAGGAGCAUCUGGGCUAUGCCGGUUCCGUCUACGAGCAUGUGCUUGGCGAGAACAAGUACACAUUCGUUGAGGACUGCAAGAAUCCGCUGUCGGUGACGAUUUUGAUUAAGGGCCCAAACAAGCACACAAUCACUCAGAUUAAGGAUGCCAUUCGUGACGGUCUGCGGGCAAUUAACAACACCAUUGGCGACAAGGCUCUGGUUCCCGGUGCAGGUGCAUUUGAGGUUCGCGCUUACAACGAAUUGACCCAGUACAAGGAUACGGUAAAGGGCAAGGCCCGACUGGCCGUCCAGGCAUUUGCCGAUGCCCUGCUGGUCAUUCCCAAGACGCUGGCCAUUAACAGCGGCUAUGAUGCACAGGAUACUAUUGUCAAGUUGACCGUCGAGGAUAGGCUGAGUCCCGAACUGGUGGGCGAUUUGGCUACUGGAGAGCCGAUGAAGCCAACCGACUUGGGAGUCUACGACAACUACAUUGUCAAGAAGCAGAUCCUAAACUCCUGCUCCAUCAUUGCCAGCAAUUUGCUACUCGUCGACGAAGUAAUGCGUGCGGGAAUGACCAGUCUUAAGGGCUAGUUGUGGAACUAGCUUGUGUAGCGUUUAUGAGUUUCACUUAAAAUUAACCAAACUAACUUAAACUACACAUAUACUUACACACACACACACACAUACACACCCGCAACACCAACUACAACUCAAAUAAUAAUGGUUUGCCUUUUAUGGGCUCUAAUUAUCGCUGCCUCGAUAACAUGUCAUCGUGGAGGACAGUAUGAUGAUAAUAACUAAAAGAAGAAACUAAAACUCAAAGUAUUUCUCAAUAUUUUUUUUCGUAUCACUAAUGCUUACUUAAUAUGAACCAUUGGUUUAAAAAAUAAACAAAACUUCAUUUCAACAAA